AUGUGUCAUGGAGAAGCCGAGCAGGCCCGAGGCGUCUGCCGUCGAGGAGUGAGUGACCUUUUGUUCACCGAGGCUGAGGCGCGCGCUGCGCCUGAUGGAUGGCGCUGCGCUUCCUUCUGGGGCAUCGAAGGCGUCCGAGGCGUCGCAAGCUUCGGGGACACGCCCGUCUGGGACAAUCGUUUGAACACCGUGGACAGCGCUGACCACCACAGCCGCCUGCAGUCGCUCGAGGCGCAGAUGCACUCGAUGCGGGCUUUGCUCCAGGAUGUCGUGUCUGCCGUGUGCCCAGAGAUUCGCGGGUCGCCGGCGCACAGCGGAACUUCGUCCCGCGCCCCGCGCUUCUGGCAUCCAGCGCAGGAGCAUGGCCAUGACCAUGGACCGCCGCGUCCGGAACGUGUUGUCAGAGAACCUACCCCGCCAACGCGGGCCGGCUCACCUCUCGCCGGCGACAUGCUGGGCAUGGGGAAGAUUUCGAACCCGCUGGGUCUCAUGAGCGAGAUGGCGUCGCGCAUGGAGCGCGCCGAGCAGAAGUCGGACAGGAAGGACGGCCUCGACGACCACUCCCCAGAUGGACCGCGCAAGCGUCGCAAGGUCGACGACGAGGACGCUGACCCCGUCACGCGAGGACUGAUUCACGCCGACGAAGCCGCGAGUCUCGUUGACAUAUUCUAUUCAGGCUCGUCGGACUUCGUGUCGUGCUACAUCCGUGACCGGGACGACUUCCUCGCCCUUCGUAACAAGAGCCCGUUCUCGUUGACUGCCGUCAUGCUGGUGGGAGCCCGUGUGCGUGAUGCCGGGCGCUUGCCAAGUACUGCGCAAGCGACGUGUCUGGAUCUUGUGCAGAAAAUGGCCAUGAAGACGCUCAUUCGGCCUGCAUCGCGCGCAGGCGUUGAGGACGUGAAAGCCCUCACAUUCAACGACAAUGGGUGGCUUAUGGCCGGUCAUGCGGUGCGCCUUGCGAUGGACCUGGGCCUUAACCGCGCAUUCAACGAGUUGCUCCAGACCGGUAUGGGUGCUGGCAAGAGCGGCGCCGAGCUCGAGCGAGAGCGCGCGCUCGUCGAGAAGGCUCGAGUGUGGUUCUGCUUGUAUCGCCUCGAGCAUCAAAUGUCCUAUGGCUUAGGACGGCCUGCCAUCGUCCGCGAAGAUGCGACGAUUCACCGUGCGCGCCUGCUGUUGGACCACCCUCUUGCGCUGGACUCGGACGCUCGCCUCAUCUACGCUGUCGAGCUCCUGUCCAUUCGCGCUCCCCUCCAUGUGGAGUUGACAGCGACUCCGGACUUGCCGCUCGAUACAGCAACGCUUGCCCGCCUCCGCUGGGCCAACGAGCAGUUUGACGCGUGGGAGGACCACUGGGAUCAGGUCCUGAUCUCGCGUGGCGAGAACGCAAGCUUCAUUCGAGAAUCUCUCACUAUGCAGCGACAGCUGGCCGAGUUGCUGCUCAACUCGCAGCUGUUGCGCGGUGUGCAGAGCGCUGCGGACGUUGAGGCAAUGGCAACGGAGAAGCGUGCCCUGGCCCUGCGUGCAAUGCGCAAUGCUCUCAGCUGCGUUGACAUCUGUCUUAGGGGAAGAUUCUACACUGCCGGCCUCGUGUACAGCCCGCACUUUACACAAGUGUCGAUCGCGUUUGCGGCGACGUUCCUGGUCCGCAUUGCGCGCUACUUCCCAGACGAACUGGAUCUUCCUCGUGUUGCCGAAGACGUCGAGGCGAUUGCAGCGAUCCUGGCGAGGACGCCAGCCGGCCGUUAUGCCCGCUCGCUCCGCCUCAUCAUGCGCAUGGCGCGCCGCGAGAAUAUCCUGCCGCCGAAACCAGACCCGUCGCCUGGUGGAUCCGAACCGAUCCCGCCCGCAUGGAUCGACGCGUUCGAUCAUAUGAACCCGGCCGUGCUCGACGGGCACGGGCGUAUCGGCAUCAACAAGGACGCUCCGCUCCCGUUGUUCUUGAAUGGUGACCUGGGCACGGCGAUGGGUCCAUCGGAUAGCCAGCCGUUCGUUGGUCUCGAGGACUUUUUCGUCCCCGCCGAGCUCGAUGAGCUGCUCGCGCAUAUGAACAACUGA